CAUGAUGAAAAUAUUGAAAUGCAUGAUUUGAUACGACAAGUGGCUGAGCAAAUAGUUCGUGUGGAAUGUAAGAAAGAUCCUGCAUUAUGUAGCCGAUUAAAUGAUGCGGAUGAAAUUUGUAAUGUAUUGCAAAGGAACAAGGGAACUGAUAAAAUUGAAGGCAUCAUAUUAGAUUGGAAUAGAAUAAAUCAUUUACGAUUGAGCCCUAAUACCUUCACAAAGAUGAAAAAUUUAAGAAUUCUCAAAAUUUUUUGUCCUAGGUUUCGAUACUAUGAUGCAAAUAAUUCAGAGCUUCCUUUUGAUCUUGGCUCUUUUCCUAGUAAAUUAAGUUAUUUUCAUUGGGAUUAUAUCCGUUGGAGUCUUUGCCAUUAGAAGGCUAUUGUUUUGAGAACCUUGGUGUGCUACGCAUGCAAUGCAGCAAUAUUAAAAAGCUUUGGGAUAGAGUGCAGGAUCUUGUGAAUUUAAAGAUAUUAGAUUUGAGGGGGUCUAGACAGUUGAUGGAGCUACCUGAUUUCUCUAGGGCACAUAAUCUUGAAGAAGUAUACCUCUCAAAAUGUGAAAGUUUACAUAGUGUUCAUCCAUCUAUUUUUUGUCUUCAAUCUCUUGUUGCAUUGUAUGUAUUUUAUUGCAGGAAAUUAGAGAGUCUUGAUCAUGGCUCUUUUCCUAAUAAAUUAAGGUAUCUUUCUUGGGAACAAUAUCCAUUGGAGUCUUUGCCGUUGGGCUUUUGUGCUGAGAACCUUGUUGAACUUCGUAUGGAAGACAGCAAUAUUAAAAAGCUUUGGGAUGGAGUGCAGGAUCUUGUGAAUCUAAAGACAUUAAGUUUGCCUGGGUGUAAACAAUUGGUGGAGCUGCCUAAUUUCUCUAUGGCACUUAAUCUUAAAACAGUCGAUCUUCAGGGUUGUGAAAGUCUACAUAGUGUUCAUCCAUCUAUUUUAUCUCUUCAAUCUCUUGUUAGAUUGGAUGUCUUUAAUUGCAGGAAAUUAGAGAGUCUUGAAAGUGAGACUCAUUUAAAAUCUCUCUCUUACCUUAGUGUUCAACAUUGUCUAAGCCUCGAGAAAUUCUGUUUGUCAUCAAAGAAAUUGGGAAGUUUGCGUUUUCGUGCGACUGGAGUUAAAAUAUUGCAUUUGCUGUCAAUGGGAGGUUUCACGGAACUCAGAGAGCUUGCUAUUGAAAAUGGUAAAAGAUUAAGGAGCCUUCCGAUAAGUGAGCUAUGUGGCUUGACAAAUCUUAGGAAAUUUGAACUUUAUAAUUUCCAGCAGGUGAUUCACACCACAGAGCUGCGCUCUCUUUUUGACGCUUGGGAUGAUUUAGAAGAACUAGUUUUGCAUAGAUGCAAUUACUUGCUGGAAAUCCCCGACAAUAUCCAGGCCACAACAAGCUUGAAACGCAUGUUCUUGAGAGACUGCAAGAGGCUUAAGUCUAUACUUGGAUUUCCUCCCUUCCUUCAAGAAUUAGAUGCUGGAGGAUGCACUUCAUUGGAGAUCGUAUACGCUGACUCUCUAGUUCAAAAUCAGUGUCGAUUUCAUUUCGACGAGUGUAUAAAGUUGGAUGAGCGUUCUCUUCAAUUCAUUGAGGAACUAACUCAUUUCUCUUUGACUUUAUCUUGUGAGCAUCCGUGGUUCUGUCGUUUAUCGGCUUGUUACCCGGGAAUUAGAGUUCCAAAAUGGAUAGAAUAUAAACAUCAGACAGAGGCUUCCAAUGCUAUCGAAUUCAUUUGCAAUCUCGAACGAUCACCCACCAUCUUGUGUUGCUGCGUUGUUCCUACUCAUCUCUACUUACCUUUCGUGCGGCGGAUCUACUGUGAUUUCUCUUAUGAUGAUAACAACAAAUUUCGCAGUGCAGUUUCUUAUUUUUCCACGGCUAAAAUGGAGUUGGCUCGUGUUUACAUAUGGCACAUGGACUUGGAAGACGUUUCAUUUGGCGCUGGAACAGGUGAUGUUGCCAAGAUUUCAUGUGAAUUCUAUGCGGACUAUAAUGAUGGUGUUGAUUUUUUUGAUGGAGAGGUAGAGACAGUUCCAAUGAAAGCAUGUGGAGUACACGUGACAUAUAACUCACAGUCGGACUCUGGUGAAGAACGACUCCGUCCAACAUUUAAUCCAUAUGUACUUUGGGUGCGAACACGUUGGAACUGAAAUUUAUGCGCAAGAGCAAACGAAAGCAUCACCACCCACACAUACAGUUUCUUUGAUAUAUCUUUACAGUUGCUUCUUGUCCCAAGAGCAAGUCCAAAAUGCAAUGGUGAAGAGUCUUUUUGCUAAUGAUCGUUGAGGUGUCUUUGACAUGUGAAUCAUAUGUAACAAGAGUACCAUUUUUGUGACACUUUCAUAUUUAAUUUUCUUAUAGCAGAAACAUCAUUAUCUCAUUUCCUCAACUAGCCGUUGCAUGUGAGUAUUGUAUAGUCUUUUUAUA